AUGGGCACUCCAAGAGGAUUCGGGACUGUAACAUGGAAGAAGUACCGAAAACAUACCUUAUUCAUGUGUAUGCAGCAUGAACAGUUGGAGGUUCAAUUUAACGGCAACAGGUUUCCAAAUAAAAAUCUCCAAAAGGAACUUGCCUUGGAACUCUACCCACCGGAGUCAACAACAAAGACUUCAUUAAGAAGACGAGUCAAAUCAAGGAAGCAGAAGCAGCAGCAGCUAUCACUAAAGCAACCAAAUCAGAUUCUUCCAGCCACGAAUGUGCCCACCCCACCCACAACAUCAACUAGUCCUUAUUAUUUCCCCCCUAGAGUUUCAGAUUCCCAUAGCUCCCUUCCACCUCAGCCCAUAGGCCCUUCCAAUUUGGCAUGGGACCCUGUCAUCACCGAGAAUCCCACAAGUGAUGUCCAAAUGCAAGGUCCUCAGUUGGAGGGACUGGAGCCCUCCGUUCCUGUUUUGUUCCUUGAUACCUAUACCAUAGAGCAAAUUGUGGAACUGUACAGCUUUUCUGAUGAUAUCAGUAUCUCACCCACAGGCCCCAGCUAG